AUGGCACUUCCCUCAGUGUUAAUUGGAGCUGUUGGUGUUAGCACAAAUUGGACAAUGACCGAAUACAAUACAACACUAGCUCAACCAGAUACACCAGAAGAAAUGAAAUUAAUUCUACCAUUAGUACUACGUUACCUGUGCCCAACAUGGGUAUCAUUUAUUGGUUUAGGUGCAGUAUCAGCUGCUGUUAUGUCAUCAGCUGAUUCAUCAGUCCUAUCAGCUGCAUCUAUGUUUGCUAGAAAUGUUGUAAAAGCGAUAUUUUGGCAAACAGCCAGUGAAAAACAAGUUAUAUGGAUAAUGCGUGUUAGUAUAUUUGUGAUUGGUGCAUUCGCUUGUUGGUUAGGUAUUGCCAUCCAAUCAAUUUAUGGCUUAUGGUAUUUAUGCUCAGAUUUAGUCUAUGUUAUUCUAUUUCCACAACUUAUAUGUGUGCUGUACGUUGCAUUUUCGAAUACAUACGGAUCAUUAGCAAGUUAUAUAGUCGGUUUAUUUGUUCGAUUGACGAGUGGAGAAAGUGUACUAGGACUGAGACCAUUAUUUAUAUAUCCUUAUUUUGUUGAUGAUUCAAUCAACUUUUAUCAACGUUUCCCGUGUAAAACAUUUGCAAUGUUAUUGACCUUAUCAGUGACUAUCUGUGUAUCAUUCAUCACAGAUAAAUAUUUUCGUGGGAAUUCACAAAGAUUAAAGCAUGAUAUAUUUCACUGUUAUAAAGAACGUACAUCGAAGUCAGGUUCAAUACGUAUUGGAAAUCGUUAUAAUCGACCAUCAAUAAGAACUACGCGUUUACUGCGUGUAGGUGAAAAAUUGAAGUUCCUAAUGAUAAAGAAACAUAUUCAUUAA